UGCUGUUUGUGUGGAGAUCUGGCAUGAGGCUCUGCCAUGGGCCUUGGAACUGCUCUUCUUGGACUUGGGUUUUUAAUGGCACAGAACAUUCGGGCACAGUAUGGGCCACCACCCCAGCCUUCCCUCUGGGCAGUUCCAGGAGCUGUGAUUUCCACAGGAAGUGCUGUGACCAUCUUCUGUAGAACCCCUCCAGGGAUGACCAGAGUGCGUCUAAGCCAUUAUGUACCCAAUGGAAAGUGGUUUGAUUGCACCCCACAGGGAGCCCAGGAGGUGUUUGAAUUCAUUCUGCAGAAUAUGACACACAGCAAUGCUGGGAUUUACUACUGUAGCUACUCCAAGGGAGGUCUAUGGUCACAAAUUGGUGACAAACUGGAGCUGGUGGUGACAGGUGUUUAUAAGAUGAAGCCAUCUCUUAUUGUUGUCUCAGGACCUCAGGGAUUCUCAGAAAUUGGUGCAACUCUCCUCUGUCACACACAUGAUUCCUUUAAUAUCUUCAUCUUCUGCAGAGAUGGAAAUGCUUCCUUUCCCCAGAACUGUUCACAGCAGGACCACAACACAUUCCUCAUCUCCCCUGUGAGCCUGGAGCACAUGAGGACCUACAGAUGCUUUGGCUCUUACAAACAAAAUGCCUACUUGUGGUCACUGCCUAGUGACCCCCUUGAGUCUUCAGUCCCGGGGCCACCACCCCAGCCUUCCAUCUGGGCAGUUCCAGGAGCUGUGAUUUCCACAGGAAGUGCUGUGACCAUCUUCUGUAGAACCCCUCCAGGCAUGUCCAGAGUGUGUCUAAGCCAUUUUGAACCCAAUGGAACGUGGUUUGAUUGCACCCCACAGGGAGCCCAGGAGGUGUGUGAAUUCAGUCUGCAGAAUAUGACACACAGCAAUGCUGGGAUUUACUACUGUAGCUACUCCAAGGGAGGUCUAUGGUCACAAAUUGGUGACAAACUGGAGCUGGUGGUGACAGGUGUUUAUAAGAUGAAGCCAUCUCUUACUGUUGACUCAGGACCUCAGGGAUUCUCAGAAAUUGGUGCAACUCUCCUCUGUCACACACAUGAUUCCUUUAAUAUCUUCAUCUUCUGCAGAGAUGGAAAUGCUUCCUUUCCCCAGAACUGCUCACAGCAGGACCACAACACAUUCCCCAUCUCCCCUGUGAGCCUGGAGCACAUGAGGACCUACAGAUGCUUUGGCUCUAACAAACAAAAUUCCUACUUGUGGUCACUGCCUAGUGAACCCCUUGAGUCUUCAGUCCCGGGGCCACCACCCCGGCCUUCCCUCUGGGCAGUUCCAGGAGCUGUGAUUUCCACAGGCAGUGCCGUGACCAUCUUCUGUAGAACCCCUCCAGGAGUGACCAGAGUGCGUCUAAGCCAUUUUGUACCCAAUGGAAAGUGGUUUGAUUGCACCCCACAGGGAGCCCAGGAGGUGUUUGAAUUCAGUCUGCAGAAUAUGAUACACAGCAAUGCUGGGAUUUACUACUGUGACUACUCCAAGAGAGGUCUAUGGUCACAAAUUAGUGACAAACUGGAGCUGGUGGUGACAGGUGUUUACAAGGUGAAGCCAUCCCUUACUGUUGAUUCAGGAUCUCAAGGAUUCUCAGAAAUUAACUCAACUCUCCUCUGUCAUACACAUGAUUCCUUUAAUAUCUUCAUCCUCUGCAGAGGUGGAAAUGCUUCCUUUCCCCAGAACUGCUCACAGCAGGACCACAACACAUUCCUCAUCUCCCCUGUGAGCCUGGAGCACAUGAGGACCUACAGAUGCUUUGGCUCUCACAAACAAAAUUCCUACUUGUGGUCACUGCCUAGUGACCCCCUUGAGUCUUCAGUCCCGGGUUCAUCUGUUCCCAUUGUGGUUGGGGUCUCUGUUGCUGCUGUCUGCUUAUUCCUGUUCCUCCUCCUUCUCUUCAUCUGCCUCUGCUGCCGUUGUGCCAAAUGCAGGGCUUCUAAUGGUAAGACAAGGAGCCACGUGAAAUAUAAGAGCUCCAGCACAGCCAUGGACAUCGAGGAGAAACAUAAAUAUGGUGACUUGGAGGGUAUUGAGCCCCAGGACUGUAGGAAAGUGGAUGCACAGGUGACUGCAGCAGAAAACUCACAGGAGGUGACUUAUGCCCAACUAUGCCAAGAAAACUUCAGGAAGAACAUGAAUCCGCUUCCCUCCAAUACUCCUCAGGGCACAUCUACACAUGCUUGUGUGUAUGCCACCCUCACAUUAUCACGAGAGGAGAUGUACAAGGAUUCUCUAUUCUCUACACCCUUGUCAACCCUUUGUUUACCUCUUCUCUUUGGUGAUGGACAUCAUAACAGAACCAUGUCUCCAGCUCUGCCUACUUUCUUCUGUCUUGGGCUGUGUGUACUACAAGUGAUCCAAGCACAGAGUGGCUCAUUCCCUAAGCCUUCACUCCAGGCUCAUCCCAGUUCCCUGGUGGCCCUGGAGCAGUCAGUUACUCUGCGGUGCCAGGGGCCUCGGGUCGUGGAUUUAUAUCGAAUAGAGAAACUGAAAUCCAAGAAGUAUGAAAAUCAAGACUUUGUCCUCAUCCCCCACAUGAAAAUAAACAAUGCUGGACACUACCGUUGCUCGUAUCAGAAUGGGAGUGAAUGGUCUCCCCCAAGUGAUCACCUUGAGCUAAUUGCUACAGGCGUUUACAGUAAGCCUUCACUCUCAGCUCAUCCCAGCUCAGCAGUCCCUCCAGGCAGGGACGUGACACUGAAGUGCCAGACCCCACAAAAUUUUGAUCAAUUUGUUCUAUACAAAGAGGGGGAUACUGGGCAGUACAAGGGAACCAAAAAUUGGGAUGGGGCUGAUUUCCCCAUCACCAAAGUGACUGCUGCUCACAGUGGGACUUACCAGUGUUACAGCUUUUCCAGCUCAUCUCCAUACCUGUGGUCAGCCCCUAGUGACCCCCUGGUGCUUGUGGUUACAGGACCCUCUGCCACUCCAUCUCCCACAACAGGUGAGUUCAAACUCUUAGAAGCCUCCAAGAGACCUUCUGUCUUACCCACAACCAAGCUAUCUACAACUGAGAAGUCUAUGAAUAUCACUUUCUCUCCAGAGGGAUCAAGCCCUCCCUUUGGUUUUUCCCACCAGCACAAUGUCAAGGGGAAUCUGGUCCGGAUAUGCGUUGGUGCCAUGAUUAUAGUAUUCCUGGUGGGGCUCCUGGCAGAGCAUUGGCACAGUCGGAAAAAAUGCCUGCCACAUAGGAUCAGAGCUGUGCAAAGGCCACUCCCACCACUCCCACUGACCUAG